AUGCGGGUUGCGCGGAGAUGCGUUGUAUAUGUAGCGGGGCCGGCCAUGGUUCGUCCACGAACCAUUGAGAUGUUCAUGACGCAAAGAAUGCCCACAAUAAAGCAAAAGAGCGCCCAACUUGAUAAAACUCUCCGUUGCCCAUGUUCCACUGUUGAUCUCCGUUUGUCCCUCAAUAACCUCAACACACCUCGUCGUGCCCGUAUUGCUUGUGAAGCUACCCCUGCCCGUCACCCCACGAUGCGCCGACUUACACGCCUCGCCGCCUUCCUCGGCCUCUUGCCGCUGGCCGCCCUCGCCGAGCAAGUCGCCAACUUCAACAUCUCCCAGCAAGCCGCCUUGGCGCACGACUGCGGCGCCACAUGCCAGGCGCGCCUCAACCUCACCAUCCCCGCCGACCAGGCCGCCGUCGGGCUCGACUUUGACGUGGACUUUUACGCCACCGCCGCCAACUUUUCCGCAGCCUCCUCCCGGCCCGGCGACGUGCUCAAGCUGCAGCCCGUGGACCCUUCCGCGCUGCGGCUCGACGGCGGCGCCACCACGUACCGCUUCCAGUACGUGUCCGUCGACGCCGACGGCAGCGCGGUGCCGGUGACGGCCUUUGUCGCGUUCCCCUUUACGCCGCACAUCCCGGCCGAGGGCGACGGCGAGGCCCCGGCCAAGUACCGCCUCGCGGCGUUUGCGCACGGCACGAUUGGCAUCUUCCGCGGGUGCGCGCCGUCCAACAGCGACGUGCUCUACGACUACGGCACCUGGCAGCCCGUCCUGCAGCGCGGGUACGCCGUCGUCGCGACCGACUACGCGGGGCUGGGCAACAACGCCACGUCCCACAAGUACCUCUACCUGCCGGCGCACGCCAGCGACGUGUACUACUCGGUCGUGGCUGCGAGGAAGCUCUUUGGCGGGCGCCUGACGGACGAGUGGGUGAGCUUCGGCCACUCGCAGGGCGGCGGCGCCGCGUGGAAGCUCGCCGAGAGCAGCUACGUGCGCAACGACACGGCGUAUCUGGGCACCGUGGCCGUGGCGCCGGCCACGUACGCCGCGGACCAAAUCUACGAGGCGGCUUCUGACAGCAGCGGCGGUAGCAACAGUAGCAGUGGUGCCAAGGGCGCCGGCGUCGGCUUCCUCCCGCUGAUCCCCACGGCUGUGAAGCGCAUCAUCCCGUCCUACAACGAGACCAUCCUCGCGCCUGCCCUCAAGAAACGCGUCGCCAUGGUCGAGGACGCGCAGCUCUGUCUCGAGGGCGUCCUCGGGCUGACGCUCGACCUCGACCUCGCGCAGAUUGUGUCCCUGCCCGGCGCGCUGCACGACCGCCCGACGCUGCUGCGCUGGCAAAACAUGUCGGCCCCCGCGCAGGGGGACGCCUCGCCGGCGCCGAUCCUGGUGGUGCAGGGGCAGCGCGACACGGCGGUGCGGUGGCAGACGACGGUGGACGCGUGGGAGCGCGCGUGCGGCGCGGGCAACGAGGUGCAUCUGAGGCUGUUCCCGACCCAGGGGCACCGGCCGAGCCUGUCGGCGGGUUCGCCCGAGUGGCUGGCCUGGAUGGAUGGGCUGUUUGAGAAGAAAAAAACAUUGGGUGGAAAAGCGGCGUGUAGGAAAAAGUGCACAAAGUAUACGAGGGAGCCGUUUGAUGCACAGUAUGUGAGGGCGCCGACGGAUGUGGAUCUGAAGCCGUAUUUGGGACCACUGGCCAACGCCAUGUGA